CAUUUCCAAAAAAUGACAUUGACAGCGGACGACGAAUAAAUAAAAAGAAAAUUGGUCGCGUUGAACUUCGAAGCCGUGAAAUAAAUUAAAAUGACAGUCCAACAACUCAGCUCGAAUAUUUCUGACGACUCGGAUGAUAUGGUUAGUUUACCAUCGGAGGAGGAAAUUUACAGGCGAAAGUACCAAUUGUUGUUAGAAAGAUGUGAAGUACUACAACAGGAUAAUGAACGAAUUGUAAAUAGAAUACAUGAAGUAAAGAAAAUAACUAAACGCUAUAAAAAAGACAUAAAAUUAUUGGUUGAACGAUUAGACAAACAUGGAGAUUCAUUCAGAUCAACCACAGUUGAUGUGGAGGUCAAACAGGAAGUUGUUGUAAAGCCUCCUCGAGCUGGAGCAAAGACACAAUCAGGUGGCAAACAGACAGACAAACAAAAUGCUGGAGGGGCUAAAAAACCAGCCGCAAAGAGAAAAAGUAAAGCUGAUAAACCUGAGAGAGAUCCAAAUGCACCAAAGAAGCCCUGCAAUGCAUUUUUCCAAUUCUGCCAAGAACAAAGGCCUGUGGUUGUGGUGGAAACUGCCACAGAGAUGGGUGCGGAACCAACUAAACAGGAAGUAACACGACAAUUGGCGUCAAGAUGGAGAGCACUUACAAAUGAAGAAAAAAGGGUCUAUGUGGCAAUGUUUGAAAGGUCAAAAGAGAAAUAUGCCGAAGAAUUGUCUGCAUACAAUAUCAAGAAGGAACAAUGACAGUCACUGCCAUUAGAUAAUAGCAGUUAAUUCUUUUGUGAUCUCCAGCUUUAAUGUUAAGUUAUAAUAUAAUUAUAAUAUAGAAAUUAAUAAUAAUAUACAAUUA